AGUUACAGGGAUCCAUUAAAAGAAAACUGGAAGAUGAUAGCUCUCCUGCCUCCAGUGGUGUGCCUGAUGUCGUUUUCCCCAGUGACAGUAAAAGACUCUGUCUUGACGACGUGACUCUCUCCAUGGGCCAAGGCAGCAAUCCCAAUGUGGCGUGUCCGGAAAUGCAGAACUCCCCGUUCUCCGCCAGCCACAGCGCGUCCUCCCUGGGAGUAGCGGGUCACUCGGUGCUCCUGGAGAGCAAUCACCUGAACGGCAGCGGCAUCGCUUCUCCUUUCCCCGUUCCACCCAACACAGAAAUAAACCAGAAGGGCUCAAUAGCAGGACAGAAUAACAACAUUGUCCACUAUGACGAGAAAGGAAACAACUUGCAAACUGUGGACCAAGAACUGCAAGAUCUAUUGGAAGAGCUGACGAAAAUGCCUGAUCCUUCUCCCAAUGACCUGGAUCUGGAGAAGAUUUUGGGCAGCAAGGCUGAAGAGCCACUGGGGCUGAGUCAUUCUCAACCGAGCAUCAGUACCACUCCAAAGUCCUCUCCGCAGACUUCCCAUUUGGAGAACCAUGUUGCUAGCAAAGACUUUUCACCAGGCUGCAACCCCGCCAGCGGAGGAUCUCCUCAGAUGAGACCGUCGUCUGCUGGAGCCAGCUUCCAAGUUCCUCCCUCGAGCAAACCUGCCGCGUCGCCCAUCUCUACAGCAGCCCAGGGGAAGAGCCAGCCGCCCCCUAUGCUUCCAGUUCCGCUGCCCAACAUGCCUAGCUCCAACUGGCACGCGCAGCAGCUGAAGCAGCUCGCAGCUAGCAAGCAGGUAUCUACGACCAAGCAACAAGUUCAGGCUCCCAGCUGGCCAACUAUGUCUCCUCCUGGUCUCUCACCUCCUUACAGGGCAGGAUCAUCCCCACACCACCAACCAUUCAGUCCCCAGAAUGUCAUGGUGUCCAGUAUGACCUCUAAUAAUUUGCCAGGAAACAAUAUUCAGAGUCCUCAAAACACCCUGCUCUCGAGCAUGGCUUCCAGCAGCACCCCGUCCAGUGGACCCUCUCCUCCCUAUGGGUCAGAGAAGCUCUCCAGCCCGGCUCUGAACCAGCAGCCUUUCAGCCCGCAGAGCGCCAUGCUGCCCACCCUGACGUCCAACAGCAUCAAAAGUCCACAGAACAACCUGGCUGCCACCAUGGCCUCGACAAACACUGGACCUUCUCCGCCUUACAGGCCUGAAAAGCUGUCAAGCCCAGCUCUGCACCAGCAGCCUUUCAGUCCUCAAGGUACAUUAAUGUCUAACAUCACCCCCGCCAGCAACCCCACAAGUAUGCAGAGCUCGCUUUUUAAAUCAAUGACUCCAAACCAGUCCAAAAAUAUGAACAUAAUUAUGCAACAGCCAUCCAGUAGCUUACAGCCAGGUCUGGUGAAUGAGAGCCCUGUUAGCCAAGACCAGUUCUCUUUCAAUAACACCAAACCACUGUCUCACUUUGCCUCAGAGUCAUCCACUCAAAAGAUGUCGCCCAUGACAGCAGGACAAGGGCAGCCGUCUCUCAUUCACUAUCUCCAGCAACAGCAGCAAUCUCCAGCCACGCCACAGUCCCAGCAGACCAACAACAGCCAGUUCCUCCAGCAGCAGUUUCGACAACUGAUGCAGCCGCAUCGGGUGCAGAGACACAUGCAGCCCGCUGCUCUGUCAUCUCAAAACAGACAGGAUCAAAAUCCUGGAAUCGUUGCCAGGCUUCAGGAGCCAGGCUCCAUCCCAAGCGGAGGCUCUGUGCCGCCACCAGCCACGGUGAACGGCUACACGAUGAGGAACCAUCUACUGAAGCAGCAAAUAAUGAAGCGGCAGCUGAUGCAGGAAAAGCAGAGACAAAACAUGCUGGGAGUAACAUCUGAGCAGAGGAGUUUGUUUGUGGCUCAGCAGAUGAACCAGUUUCAAGCCGUGCAGCAGCCCCUGCCCAGCGAGUGCAGCCAGCCGAUGCCCGCUCCUCCUGCCAACCACCGCAUGCUGCCCCCCAGCCCGGCGCUGCUCCAGAGCACCCUGGGCCCGGCCAUCGCCCCCGCCGCGGCCAGCCAGAGCAGCGGGACCAUGGUGAUGAUCCCGCACAACCCCGGCAAGCAGCAGGGCAUUUUUCCGCCUAAUUCUGACUUCAACAUCCCGCUGCGGCCAAGCCAGAACUCGCUGGGCAUGAACUCUGGAUGCCAAACAGCACACAGCCACUCUGCUGCGCGGCCAGGAAUGGCCAUGGCAGGCUUUAACUCGGCUUCCCUAGCAAACCACUCCGCCACUCAGCAGCACUUGAGACAGCCGAGUAUGCCAAGAAUCCCCAGCGUCUACCCCAAUUCAUCUGCCCAGAUGUGGACACCAACCGCAGUGCCAAGGAUGCCAAGUCAGAGCCAAAUGGAUGCCAACAUGCAGCAGUUCUCCAGUAGCACUGUCUUCUCUAAACAGAACGUGAGACCGAAUGCAUCAGGUCAACAGUUUUCCCAACAGGCCGUAGUGCCACCUAACCAGAUUGCUCCCAGCGUGCAGGUCAGACAGAUGCAAAAACUGAGCAUGGCGCAGUCCGGCCAGGCCUUGAGCUCAAUGAGUAAUCAGAACUUGAGACACAAUUUAACCAGAGGACCGUUGCCAGCGAUGAACGUUAUGAAACCCGUGCCGCAAGGGGUGUCCGAGCAGCAGCAGCAACGACGAGGAGUGGUUGAACAAUUUGACGAUGAUAGACGACAUUUUGGGACAGCACACUCAGAGCUCCGGGCAUGUUUAGCGGAGAGAAGGGGUCUCGUCCCUCAGUCUUGCAAACUGCUUGUGGUUGGUGGGUCCCGCCAGGGCCGUCGCACUCGGGGGUCUGCGCAGAGCCCCGUUUGCAGGACCGCAGGCAAGUUCUGGUCCCGACGCACUCCAGAACGUCGGGCAGACCGUCCUGCAGCAGGAUUUGCUCCUGAUGUUACAGCUUGUGCCACGUACGCGUGUGUGUGUGUGUGUGCAUUGCACCGCCGGGGCCGUGCGCUGCGGGAAACGGGGUACCCCAAGGAGGAAACACCGCUCGGGCACUGCCGAGGCCUCCCGGCGACUGCAUCCCCCAGCGGAAGGGUAGUCCUGGUGUGCACACCUCUGCCAUGUAAAUUUGUAGUGUACAGGUGA